AUGGAGCCUAUUCCCAGCCCACAUGGAUACCCUAUUCUUGGAAAUGUUAUGGAUAUUGAUCCUGAGCAUCCUAAUGAAAGCCUGGCACAUAUCGCUGCGAUACACGGUCCCAUAUUCAGACUAUGGCUUCCAGCAGAAAGAACUUUCGUGGGAAGCUAUGCUUUAGCUAAAGACCUUUUCAACGAGGAAAAUUUCCAAAAGGGCGUUACUGGUCCUCUUGCCCAGGUCCGCCACGCCACCGGCGAUGGUUUGUUUACAGCAUUUCCUGGAGAACACAACUGGGAAACUGCACAUCGUGUUUUGAUGCCGGCAUUCGGCCCUUUGAACAUCAAAGCCAUGUUUCCAGAGAUGCAAGACAUUGCAAGCCAGAUGGUACUCAGGUGGGCCAGAUUUGGUGACGAUGUACCGAUCAACGUGUCUGAUGACUUCACGCGUCUGACACUUGAUUCGAUAGCACUAUGUGCUAUGGGAGAUCGCUUCAAUUCGUUCUACCGAGAACACCAACACCCCUUUGUUGAUGCGAUGGUGGGUACCCUCAGCGGAUCCUUCGCACGGUCUCGCCGGUUGCCUCUGCCUUCCAUGGUCUAUACUGGGCAAGACAAAGUGUUCCAAUCAGACAUAGACAAGUUGAUUGAGAUAUCGAAGGAACUCCUUGUAUCUCGUCGCUCCCACCCGACAGACAAGAAGGACCUUCUCAACUCUAUGAUCUUAGGACGCAACCCAAAGACUGGAGAAGGCCUGGACGAUGAAACAAUCAUCCGCAACAUGAUAACCUUCUUAAUUGCUGGCCACGAAACGACCUCAGGAAUGCUUUCUUUCCUCUUUUACGAACUUCUUGAAAACCCAGCUGCGUAUCGCAAAGCUCAAGAAGAGGUUGACUCCGUCAUCGGAAAAGGCGCUGUCACAGUGGAUCACAUGGGCAAGCUACCAUAUCUCGAAGCAUGCUUGCGCGAAACUCUGCGCCUCCAUCCGACCGCCCCAGCGUUCACAUUGCAAGCCAAGGGGGACCAAGUGCUUGGUGGUAAGUAUACAAUCAAAGACAAGCAAUUCGCUACAGUCAUGCUUGCGCAAUUGCAUCGCGACCCGGAGGUAUAUGGGGACGAUUCCAAAGACUUCCGUCCCGAGCGUAUGGAAGGCAAGGCUUUCACGGAUCUCCCACCUAAUUCCUGGAAGCCGUUCGGAAAUGGACUUAGAGCCUGUAUUGGACGCCCUUUCGCAUGGCAGGAGGCUUUGCUGACAGUGGCAAUGUUACUGCAAACAUUCCGCUUCUCCAAAGCGCACCCAUCGUAUUCGCUCCUCAUCAAGACAAGCUUGACAAUCAAACCGCAGGAUUUUUAUAUCAAAGCACACGUCAGGAACCCGGACUUCCUUCAGCAUGCGGGGAUCGUGUCUGGAGAGACAGUAACCAAGAAUCAGGCUUCAGCGGAUCAGCAUGCAAGAUCAGACGUCGAUACAAGCAACUUGAAGCCUUUAAGUAUUCUCUAUGGAUCGAACACAGGAACGUGCGAAGCUGUUGCACAAGCACUGGCCGCUUCUGCACCAGACAAUGGUUUCAAAGCAGAAGUGCAAGGCCUCGACUCUGCAGUGUCAUCGCUGAGUAAAGAUGUCCCGGUCGUAAUAGUGACCGCUAGCUAUGAAGGACUCCCGCCUGACAACGCGACUCAUUUCGUGGAAUGGCUAAAAUCGGAUCCGGCUGAAGAAUUGAAAGAUGUACAGUAUUGUGUGUUUGGUGUGGGCAAUAAGGAAUGGGUCUCUACUUAUCAGAAGGUUCCUACCUUCGUAGACGAUGCGAUGUCAAAGAACGGUGCAACACGUUUGACCGAGCGUGUGGCACUAGACGUAACGUCUGGCAACGUUUUCGAUUUUGUCGACGAUUGGGAAGACAAAGAAUUAUGGCCAAAGCUUGGUGGCCAGAAGAGUAAUGCUAACAAUUCUACCAAGGCUUUGCCUCUGGAGAUCGAUGUUUCGGCACGUUCCAACAUACUCAGGCAAGAGAUGGAGCUCGCACAGGUAACAGAGGCGCGCCUCCUCACACGGGUAGGUGCGAUGCGCAAGCGGCAUCUCGAGGUCCUCCUUCCCUCGGGCUGGACAUACCGAGCUGGCGAUUAUAUCGCCGUUCUGCCUAUCAAUUCUCCUCAGGUAGUCCAGCGGGUUAUGAAGAGGUUCAGACUCCCUUGGGAUGCCACCCUUACCAUCAAGUCGGAAGCUAACACAAGCCUGCCGACCGGCAAAAUGCUCAGUGUCCACGAUGUCCUGUCUGGUAUGGUCGAACUAGGACAACCGAUCACCUCGCGAUCAAUGACAGCGGUAGCGAACUCAAUUGCCGACAAGAAGAAGCGGUCUGAGGUGGAGGAAAGGGUUGAACGAGAGAACUUCCAGAAGCUCAACGUCACCCUCAUCGACAUUCUAGAGGACUACCCUGAUGCGGCCUUCACCUUCGCGGAGUUCCUUGCAGCAAUGACGCCAAUGCGUGUGCGACAAUACAGCAUCUCCUCCACACCACUAGAAGAUGCGGCCAAGUGCUCGCUGACUUACAGUGUGCUGGAUGCUCCACAGAAGAGUGGACGCAAAGAUGCCCGCUAUUUGGGUGCAUGCAGCACGUAUCUAGAGCGGUUGAAUCCUGGUGAUCAAGUCCAGGUCAGCUUGCGGCCCAGCCGAAGUGGCUUCCACCUACCGCAAGACGAUAAAACACCCCUCAUUAUGGCGUGCGCAGGAACUGGCCUCGCGCCUUUCAGGGCCUUUGUCGCUGAGAGAGCAUUGAAGAAGAAGACAGGGGCUGAGGUAGGCCCUUCUUUACUCUUCUAUGGUCUGAACGCUCCGGAUGAGGAUGAUAUGUACCGCGAGGCUUUCAAUGAAUGGGAGAAACAAGGUGUUGUCAGUGUGCGCCGCGCAUUUACAUUCAAGCCAGAGGCAUCUGGAGGGUGCAAAUUUGUGCAGGAACGCAUUUGGCAUGACAGAGAAGACGUGACGAAACUGUUCCGAGAGGGUGCCAGUCUGUACCUUUGUGGAGCUGGUGUCGUCGGCACUGGGGUAGAAGCAGCUAUGGCAAAGAUACGCGCUGAGAAAAGCGGUGAGACGAUCGAGGAGGCAACUGAAUGGGUGAAGAAAGUCAAAGGAGACCGAUUUUGGACGGAUGUGUUUGCUUAA